AUGUAUAAUUCCUAUCAAGAAGAAAAACUACCGGCACUUCUGUCCGUCAUCCGCGGCUUAAAUUAUAUUUUAGAUGACAAGAUGGAUGAAGCCGUAAAAAUUUUUAACUACGGCAAUACAUCCUUUCAUCUAAGUGGUCAGGCUGUUAUUUCUUUUAUUCAAGCUGUUUUGACUUUUGAGCCAUUUCGGUUUGGGGAAUCUCAGGAAAAAAUCGAUUUAGCUAUUAAAGCUCUUACAGAAGACAAGGAUUUUGCCGCCAAAAACGACCUUUAUCUCUGUACAUUUGACCCUGGAAUUGAGUACCGCGUAUCCAUUGGACUUAUGCUCUUAUUAUCUGCCCUUAUAGGGUUUUGCUCAGAAUCCAUCGUAACAAGUGUAAAGUCAGUAUACAAGCUCCGUAAAGCCCAUGGAAUUUUUAACAAAAUAAACAAGCGUCAUUUUGAGUCCUUUACUAAAGGCUUUCAAAGUACCAACAACAAGGAUAUCGAUACAGUGAAUGAGUACGUACAGACUGGAACUCUUUUGUGUACGGGUUUGUUUACACUUUUAAUUUCUUUGCUUCCUCCAAAAAUGAUUACUAUAUUGAGCUUAUUAGGUUAUAAGGGGGAUAGAGACAUGGCUCUCAAUUAUAUGUGGAAGCCCGCUCUCCAAAGACCUUCUGGCUUUUUUGCCGCAGUAGCAUUUGCGGCACUUAUUCAGUAUUACAGUGGUGCUGUGCAAUUGUGCAGUAUUUAUAGAGUUACUCCAUCUGAGCCCGAUGGAUGGCCCGUUCACCGUUGCUUUGAACUUCUCUCUAAAAUUAGAGAAACUCAUCCUGACGGCCCAAUGUGGCCUUUGCAUGAAGCAAAGUUACUUUCCAUGGUUAAGAAACAAACUGAAGCCAUUCACGUUUUGAAUGACCUUAUGGCAAAGCCGCCUCCUAAGCUUAUGCAAUUAGAAGUUUUAAUUGUAUUCGAACAUGCUUUGGAUUGCGCAUUUUCUCACCGAUACAUUGAUGGUGCGAAAAGCUUUAUGAAGUUAUCUAGUUUAAAUGAUUCUAGCGCUGGGUUAUACUCAUAUUUUGCUGCCGCAUGUUUUCUGCAAGACGUACAAGCUCAUGCUAACGUCGAGGCUUUAAUGAGCGCAUCUCAACUACUUGAACCACUGGAUAAGCAAUUAACUGAUAAGACUGCUCCUCUCGAUAAAUAUAUACGACGGAAAGUGAGGAAGCUCUGCGAACGACGAGCUAGUGUUGGCAAUCAAGGUGGAUUGGCAGAAUAUGUUGGCUUUUCUCCGUUGUAUGAGCUAAUUUACGUUUGGAAUGGUUUUCGAAGGAUGAAUUUGGAAGAAUUGUCUCAAUUCGAUGUGGAUAGGGUCCACCCUUGGCAGGAUGAAGGCGAUGAUAUUUGCCAAGCCUUAGUUAAAGCUACUUUAUGGAGAAACUUAGGAAAAUUGGAUGAAAGUAAAAUUCUCCUUCACAAACUGUGUCAAGUUACAAAACAUGUUGAGCGUUGGGCUAUCGCUUUUGCUCAUUAUGAAAUGGCUGUCGUCCUUUUUGUAAUUGACAGUAAAUCUAAAAACUCUCUGAAAGAAUGUGAUAGUUAUUUAAAGGCUGCCCGUGAUUUUGGAGGUGACAAUGAAUUCGAAAGUCGGCUGACCAUCCGGGUUCAAUUAGCAAGACAUGUUGUACGACAAUGCCUUCAAGAAGGCUAA